AAUUCGAUAAGAGAACAUAAUCUGUAUGGAUAUUUAAUAUUACAAAUUACAAAUUAAAAAUAAAAAUAAAUGUGUCUGUUGUGAGAUUAAAUUUUGUUUGUUUUUUUUUUUUUUUCUUUUUACCAACUUUCGUAGUUCCUUCUUUUGCCAAUUCUUGUCACAUUUUGCUCAUAAUAAAAAUUAUUAGAACUAAAAAUAAUAAUGGAUCAAUAUAUUUGUAAUAAAUGUUAUUGCACGCAGAGUGAUAAAGAUCUUAACUUUAGAUUGACCCAAUGCGGACACAUUUUUUGUUAUAACUGCAUAAGAGAAGAUGAAUGUCCUGAAUGUAAGUCUACAAAAAUUGUGACCGUGUCACUAACAAAACCUCUAACGCCAGAAGUAUCAAGAUUUUUUGCACCAUUGAAUGAUAUUUUAACAUCAGUAAAGUCUAUAACAAUAUUUCAAUCAGAACAAAUAAAUAUAAUAUUGCAAUGCUUUUAUCAACUGAAUGACAAAUAUGAAAUUUUAAAAGAUCGCUAUAUUAAUGCUGUACGAAAUGAAAAACUUAUUGCUCAUGAGUAUUAUAAUCUCAAGAAACAUUUUGAAAGUUUAAACAAACAACUUAUGUUUGUGAAAAUGCAUAGAACUGACAGUAAAGUAAUUACUGCGACAUCAUCCUUAACUAAUAAUAAAUACAUCACUGGUCGAUACUCUAAGAAUAAAAUCUAUGAUACUCCUAUGACAAAAUCAAGUUGUUCAAAAAUUAACAAUCCAUUUAAAAGAAAUAUUUUUACAUUGCAAAAGUCAAUCAACAAUAGUUCUAUUUCUAUCUCUGAUAAGAGUUCUUUGUAAGUGAAUGAAAGAAAAAAAAAAAAGAAAGAAAAAAAAAUAUCAAGGAACAGAUUUUUCAAAUUGAUAUCUUAUAUCAAUAUUCUCUUUUUCCUUUUUUGUAUUGAACAGUUGAUACAAUUUGUUGUAUUAUUCACAGCUACUAUAUUUGGUUUAUUUAUUCAUAUCAAAGUAAGAUUACAAAUUUAUAUAAUUGAACAAUAAUUAUUAUUAAAUUUUAUUCAAGUUUAUAUUUGAUCUAUCCUAUGAUAAAUUUAUUAUGAAAUAAAAGGAAAAAGAAGUUUCUUUAUUUUAAGUUACAGAGUUACCAAAAAGAAAAAAGAAA